UGAGGCUGCGUGUCUAUUCGUGUGGUCUUUGUGACUCCCACCAUGGAGUACCGUGGCCAGAGCCAGAAGGUGCAGAAGGUGAUGGUGCAGCCCAUUAACCUCGUCUUCAGAUACUUGCAAAAUAGAUCUUGGGUUCAGGUGUGGCUGCAUGAGCAAGUGAAUAUGCGGACAGAGGGUUGUGUUAUUGGUUUUGAUGAGUAUAUGAAUGUCGUAUUAGAUGAUGCAGAAGAGAUUCAUUCUAAAACAAAGUCAAGAAAAGAGCUGGGUUGGAUCAUGCUAAAAGGAGAUAACAUUACCCUGCUACAAAGUGUGUCCAACUAGAAAUGCUCAAGGAAGUGAGAAGUUGAGAAGGCAAUAGAGUUU